AUGCUAUUUCUAAACACCACGAGCUUAACUCCAGCUACAUUCAUUUUAAAUGGUAUUCCUGGACUGGAAGAAGUACAUUUAUGGAUCUCUUUUCCCCUGUGUACAAUGUACAGUAUUGCGCUCAUAGGAAACUUUGGCAUCAUAUACCUUAUUUACUCUGAAGAGGCCUUACACAGACCUAUGUACAUCUUCCUUGCCCUUCUUUCCUUCACAGAUUUGCUCAUGUGUACCAGCACUCUUCCUAACACACUCUUCAUAUUGUGGUUCAACCUCAAGGAGAUUGACUUUAAUGCCUGUUUGGCCCAGAUGUUCUUUGUGCACACCUUCACAGGAAUGGAGUCUGGGGUGCUAAUGCUCAUGGCUUUAGACCGCUAUGUAGCUAUAUGUUACCCACUACGGUAUGCUACUAUCCUCACUAAUUCAGUUAUUGCCAAAGCUGGGCUUCUUACUUUCACUAGAGGUGUAAUUCUUGUUAUCCCUUUUACAUUCCUCACAAAGUGCCUGCCAUUUUGUAGUAGCAAUGUCAUACCACACACCUACUGUGACCACAUGUCCGUGGCCAAAAUAUCCUGUGGCAAUGUUAAGAUCAAUGCCAUCUAUGGUUUGAUGGUUGCCAUCCUGAUUGGUGGCUUUGAUAUCUUGUGUAUCACUAUAUCAUACACUAUGAUUCUUAGAGCAGUUGUGAGUCUGUCAUCAGCAGAUGCUCGACAAAAAGCCUUUAGUACCUGCACUGCCCAUAUCUGUGCCAUUGUCAUCACCUAUGUCCCAGCCUUCUUUACCUUCUUUACACACCGUUUUGGGGGGCACACCAUUCCUCCACACGUACACAUUAUUAUGGCUAAUCUCUAUCUUCUCAUGCCUCCCACAAUGAAUCCUAUUGUGUAUGGAGUGAAAACUAAGCAGAUACGAGAAAGUGUCAUUAGGUUCUUAUUAAAGGGGAAGCAUAAAUCUGCUCAUAAUAUUUAA